AUGCUUGAUCAUGUUGGCUAUUUUCUUUUGACUCAUUACAUCAACAAAGAAUAUUGGUGGUUCAUUUCGUCGUUUAUUCUCGGUUUAACUGGUUCACAACCGAUUUUUCAUUUAACAUUGAAUUUAUUCGUGACAGAUUUAACAAAAGAAACGGAUCGUUCGAUUUAUUUUGUUUUUCUUGAUGCAUUGAAAACAUUUGUCACAUCCAUUGGAGAUUUUCUUAUUGGUUAUUAUUUAUCUUCAUAUUCUUUCAUUAAUUUAGUUUAUCUUUCAUUAAUUUCACAAAUAAUCUCGAUUAUCAUUGUUAUUUUAUGUUUUAAAUCAUCUCCUCGUUCACAAACUCUUUUACCAAUUGAAUUUUAUAAUGAUAUUCAAAUUAAAGAAUCUUUUUGGUCGAAAUUGAACUUUUGUCAUUCGAAAUCGAAAUGUUGGAAUGUUUUCUUGAUAUUUUUUGCGUAUAUUUUCUAUUCAUUUGCGAAUUCUGCACUUUGGUCAAAUUUUCUUUGGUAUUUACUUAAUUUUCCGUUUAAUUGGUCAUCGAUACAAAUUGGAAAUUUCAAUGCUUUAUCAGCAAUUCUAACUGCAGUGUUUAGUGUUAUUGGAAUGAAAAUUUUCACACGAUUUUCUCUUUGUGAUUCACUUAUUUGUUGUUUAAGUCAAAUUUGUUUGAUUUGUUUGGCACUUAACUUUGUUUUUGCACGAGAAAAUUGGCAUUUAUAUUUAAGUUUAUUAAUUUUACCAUUUGUUGAUUAUCAAAGUUCGUUAACAUGGUCACUCAUAUCAAAAUCAUUUCAAUCAAAUCAAUUUCAUUGUUUGUUUACAUUUCUUGCAAUUGUAGAUACAAUUUGUUCGUUAUUUGGAAAUUCGUUAUUUAAUUGGAUUUAUCAAUUCACUAUUGACGAUUUACCUUAUUUAACUUUUCUCAUUGUUAUCGGACUUUCGAUGAUUUCUUUAAUAUUUAAUCUAUCUUUUUUUCUUUUCAAUCGAAGAUUCUCUAAAUUGAACGAGAAUUCCUCGGUAGAAUCCAAUGAUAUUGAUUUGAUUUGGUUGGAUAUUUCAAUUAAUACAAUCGAAUUUGAAAAGAAUUCAUUAAAUACACUUACAGAUGAUUUAAUCAUUUUGUAG